AGAAUGAGAGGAGGAGAACUGAGAUCAGGUGAGGGGGUUUACAGACAGCUUAAAUAGGGCUGUUAAAGUGCAGUUUCAAGUCACUGCCUUCUCAAACAUCUUACAAAAUACACUAUUUAUCAGAUUUUGAAAAGCAAACAUGGUCACAAUAUCUCUUGUUCUGCUUCUGCUUUCAGUCCAGUGGUCCUGGGCUCAGGAAGACCCUCUUCUGCCUUUCUCUGAACACCUGGACCCCAAUCAAAAGGUGCAUCUGAAGUGGGGAUUUGAUGAGAUCCAGGGCACAAUCUUGUUCCAGCUCACGGUCAGCACCAGUGGCUGGGUCGGUUUUGGCUUCAGCCCCAAAGGAGGAAUGACUGGAGCCGAUAUGGUCAUUGGAGGAGUUGGACCCCAAGGCAGUUACUUCACGGAUCGUCAUGCUGGGGGGAAUUCAAUGCCAGUGAUUGACCAGAAACAGAACUACAAACUCCGGUCCCUGAACGAGUCUGAUGGGAUAACAGUCAUGAAGUUUCAGAGGUCCAUCGAGGCUUGUGAUGAAAACGACUUAACCAUCACUAAUGUCCCCAUGAAGCUGAUCUAUGCAUAUGGACAGACUGAUGACAUCACAUACCACAGCGCCCAAAGAGGCACAAAGGAGCUGAACCUGUUGAAGUACAUGCCUCGGGUCAACCCUCCAAACAGCAAGUAUUUCGACUUGACUAUGAUCAAUUUCACUGUACCAGCCAACCAAACCCACUAUCACUGCAAGAUCAUGAAAGCCCCAACAUUUGAUCGCAAACAGCACAUUUAUCGCAUUGAGCCGGUGAUCACAAACUUUGACCUCGUGCAUCAUCUGCUGCUGUACCGCUGCCCUCUGAGUGUGACUGAACCGCUUGAGGUGGAGUGUUACAAAUCCUUAAGAACCAGCUUGUGUAUGGAGACCAUAGCAGUGUGGGGAGUUGGUGGAGGGGUUAGUCUCUGUUCUGCAUCAGAAAUUAUACAUAUCAUUUCUUUCUUGUAUUAAAUGAUUCAUUUAAAUCUUGGUUAAAAUGACUGAGUAUUUGUGGGUUCUCUGAGUGAUCAAAAAGUAUUUCAGAUUCAUAUCCUUUUCUCUAAGGCUUUUGAACUCCCUGAAGUGGCAGGACUUCCAAUUGGAGGAAAUGUUGGUGAUUUUUUCUAUAGGCUUGAAGUGCAUUACAACAAUGCUA